AUGAGCUCGACCGGCGCAGAAGUCCCGACCCAGGGACUGACCAUCCUGGCGGUCCUUCUUCUCAUCUUCACGUCCCUCAUCAGCAAUACCGUGAGUAUGGGUGUGGUAAAGAGGCAUGUGUACGAUUUCGAAGACCCAGAGAUCAUACCUCCUGCACUGAAGCUUCUCUAUAUCAGUUUUGUGAUUCUGAUCAUCGCCUGCGUCUUGAGCCAGCAGCUGCACUGUGGAGCCUCAAGCUCAUGGGCCACGGCCAAGUGCUGGCCCGUUGUGGUCUUUGAAACGAUCGCGCUGAUCGCGGGAGCUUACUCCGGAUGUAUGGACGUGAUCUUGGCUUUCCUCCCUUGGAUAGUUCUCUGGAACCUUGAAACGAAGAAGCGCGAGAAAGCCGGUAUUGCACUAGCCAUGAGUAUGGGCUUUAUCGCGGCCAUUGCCUCAUUCAUCAAGAUUUCAAAACUUGUCAAUGUCGCUCAAGUUAACGACUUUACCUUUGAGGAAUAA